AAAUGUCUCGUGUGAACGUGGUCGUUAAAACAGUGUCCGUUACCACUCUGACGACACAGCCGAGCUGCUGUGACCCGCAUAUUUGCCAAAUUGGUGAAAGAAUUUUGCUACAUAUUGACGAAACCGUCUAUAAAUGGAUUAAUAUUAACUUUUAUACUUUGAAAAAUCUGAAUGAAGCCGUUAGGUUUGAAAUGCAGUGAAAUGUCAUUGCUGUUUAAGCGUUGUGUGUGGAUAGACACAAGAGUUUGCGAAAGUUUUAAAAGUAGGCUAAUAAGAUUAAUUUUUAUCCCGAGGGAACAGGUUUCUUUCUUUUGUAUAAUUCUAGGAUUCUAGGGUUGACUGGUGACGAAUAUCUGCCGUAGUUUUCGAAGUGAAUGUAGGACAUUUUUUCGUGUUUGUGACGCACAAGAUAAAUUUCAUUUUCAGAAUUACAAAGAAGCUUUGAAAUUCAUUUCCAAAAACUGCGUGUUGAAUUCUUAAGCUGUGUUGGUCUACCCCACUUUCCAGAAAAAGGGAAUAAACGAUGAAGGCGAGUCCUUUGUUUCAUCAUUAACAAUUACGUUCGUUCAUAAACUGGCAGUAGAAAUAAUUUCGUGCUGAGGUUACAGAAUACAGCGUUCGGCAAGAGAAGUCACCGUGAUUAUUGAUUAUUGAUUAUGAGACAGGAGGACGCAAUAGUUUCUCAUGCAUGUUAAAAUGGAGACACCGAGUAAAAUUACAAAUAUAUGAGCAAAAUAGCCAGUCCAAGUCGGUGUUUGUACGUAAUAAAUAACAUGGCGAUACCACAACAUUCGGCAAGUAAUACAAUCGACCUUCGUUCCUCAGGGCGUAGCGCCAUCUUUUUUUCUCUCAGUCCGAAAAUAAGCACGUGGAGUUCAGUUGUUGUUGCGCCAGGAAGCUAAUGGAGGUCAUGACGGGGUGUGUCACGAGCUGUACAUCUUUCAGGGGAAAACGAUUUAAACGGUGGUUGGGUUCAAGAGCAUGGAAGUUAUGUAACGUAACUAAAGGAGACUGCUGUUUGUAAGACAUAACGGGUGAAACACUUCGUUUCCGUCGUUCGCUGUCGCACUUUGUAUUAGAAAAAAAAAUGCGACACAGUUAUUCGCUGUUAGAUUAAUUUAGGUUGAGUGUUAUCAAAUGCAAUGCAGAAAGGAUUCAACAAAGGCGUUGAAAAGGUGUCACUCAGAUUCUGUAAUUACAGAUAUUGCGUAGCAUAAAUCUUAUUACGACACCACUUAGCAGUCACAUGUCCCACAACAAAUACAUUUUUAACACAGAACAAAUCAUUGAUUGCUGCAAGGAAUGGCCGAAGAUCUUGCAAAAGGUCCGUUCUACCCUCUCCAGUAAAUGGAUGACAUCUACAAGCAAUACGGGAAAAAAAGAGAGAGAGAGUGACUUUUCGAGACAAUCCUUAUCCCUCGGGUUAAGUGACAAGGGGGCUUCCUCCCGAGAAUUGCGAAGGUCCCGGGUAGCCUCCAAAUAAAAGUGAAAUGUAAAUUUUUUCCGAUGUUGCAUUUAUAGAGACAAUACUUGGAAUUAAUUAAUGAGACGGAUGGGUAGAAAUAACACAGAUUGUUCUAUCUGAUAGCAAUAAUAAAUAGAGCAAUAGUUUCACAAGACUUGCUCUCUCAUUAGAUUAUUUCUCUUGCGUUAGAGCUAUUAUCUCCAUUUUAAUUUAAAAAAUCCGAUCGAGUGUAAUUCUAAAUUCAUAAAAAUGAUAUAUUUCGAUAAUUCCGUAACUAAUCGUUGAAUGUCAAAAACUUCGAUACGUGUAGUCGAUCUGCUCCAUAAUACGUAUUGCCAACUUGCCUGUCGAUUAAUUUCGACCAAUGAAAGUGCUAGCUGGACAUCUGAAAGCAGAAACAAAGCAACCCAAUUCCCUUAAAGCAAACACUCGCUGCAUGAAUACUUCUAAGAUACGAGUAGUGAUAACAUUUGUUGACGGUGACAGAAUUGACCUGCACAUGAUUUUCUUUGUUUACAAUCGUUGUUAUCGAUUCAAAUUUACUUCUCUUCACAAAUAAAGUCGCACAAUCGCGAUUGUCACAGAGUUGAAUGACUGAUUCUUGCUGAAUAAAUAAGAAGGGAGUAGAAUCUGUGGCAAAGUAGUUUGUGUGGCGGCGUCAUGGCUGAGAGGGAGUCUGAGAACCACGGACAAUUGACACUAGAGCAAAACUCUAAGCCUCUGGACGCGAACAGCUAUGCCACAAAGAAGACGAUAGCGCAGGGGAUGUUGGACAUAGCCCUCCUUACAGCCAACGCGAGUCAGCUGAAGUACGUUUUGCAGAUCGGUCAUCAGCACGAGUUCUACACCCUCAUGCUGUGGCUUAUAUCCGUAUCCAUUGUUCUGCAGGUUGUAUCCUGCACAUUGGCUCUUGUUCUGAUGACACUCAACAUCAACAAACCAGAGAGACAACACGUGGCAUCCGUCUUGAACCACGUAGUUGUUGGAUUCGUCUUGGUCGCCAUGGUAGCUGACGUCAUCAAGAUGAGCUUUGGUCUCGAUCCUGGACCUGUACAGAAGAGAAGUGCUGACGAAAAUCAAUGAAAUAGCAGAGUUUCCUCAGAAGUACCUCACUUAAAACUGGCGGUGUAUUCAUAAACAAUUCGUAAUCAUCCUCAAAUAUGAAGAGAAGCGACCAUUUCUUAACUACAAAGAAACUUUUCUAAACAUAUUGACAUAACCUCAUUUCUUUACAGCGCACAUUAUCCGCCGUCAUUAUAAUCAUAAUCAAAUUCAUCAGAGAUCGAAUUUUGUUUCUAAACAUGAAAACGUAACCGAUUGCAGUGGGCGUGCAGUUUCAUAUCUGUCUUUGCAACCUCGGGUUCGAAUCUCGCUCUUAAUUUUGUAAGCCCAUGUUUGUCCCGAUGGCAGAGACUGUCUAUUCCGACAUACGUGGAGUCCUCCCUUAUAACUAAAUUAUUAUAUAUUUUGAGCAUCUUAGAAAAACUGAGCAGAAGGUAGGACCAUGUUGCAAGGUUAACGCAAACAUUAAUAACUUAAGAUCUAAUGUUUUUCACAGCGGUGGAAAUAUUGAUUGCGGCCUGUUAGACUGUAGCGCUGUGUAGUCUUCUUGUGUUUACCAAAGUUUUUUUACGAACUCCAAGAUGGAGACAAUGCGUUCUUCCGAAAGGCUGGUAUUUACCUACAAAAUUACUCCACUACUCAGAAAACCAAAAAGUUAAUAACCUCUUUUUAAAGACAGCCAGAUCCAAAUAAAUUUGUAGUGAAUAUACUUUAGAACCUUUUGUAAUUUUCGUGUGCUUUACGACAAUUUGCAUUUUAUUCUUAUUGCUUGCGUCAGAAUUGGUGUUAUUUAAUAAAUUCAAUAUCUGGAAUACAGUUCAAUAAAUCUGGAAUCAUCUCUUACAGAGGCUGAGUUUAUGGGUACAAAUGAGAGAUGAGAUUUAUACGAGGCACUGCUAUUGAAAAUCAUUCUUAGAACAUGCGAAGGUUUUUUCAGAGACCAAGCUAGUCAGGAAUACGUUCAGGAAAGACCUGAUCUUCGAGGUGAAUAUCAGCGGCGAUGAACAUGAGUGAUACAGAUUUACAUUAACGUAGACUAUCCAAAUCUCUUUUUACCAGGCAAUUACAAGGUUAGGGUUAUUCAGAGAUCGGAUUAAGCAGGUUACAGGUGAGCAAGGCGAACUUCGUUAUUGAAGACCUUUCAGUGACGAAAAGGACCGAGAGUAGGAAAAGGGGUUAUUUCAGGGACAACUUGGUCGGGAAAAAAGGGACAUUCUUCUCAACCUUAGAACAGUGCUUGAAGGCUCCAGCCAUUACGGAAUUUCCUUAUAUUUAGGAUUACGUCAGAUAUUCUUGUACCACAGUUAAAUACAACUGAUAAAAUUUUGGGUCAGAGCCCUUUCAAGCCACUACACGAGGCCAGCCUGCUUCUUUGUCGAGUUUAUUUUUAAUUAUUUAGUUUGUCUAUCUUAAUAUAGUUUUCAUUGUUUUUCUUUCUUUAAUUUCAGCUUGGUUUUAUUGCUUUAAUUUUACUUAUGAUGUGUUCGUGUCUUUGAUAAGAAUUUCGGAUUUGAUUACAUUUAUAGCAGCCACAAUCAGAAUUU